UCACAAAAAACCAUGAGUGAAGUGUCGGUUCGGCCUCCGAAGACCACCAAUUUGGCCAACGACAACCAUCAUCCAUCGGAAACAGGACCUUUACCACUCCCACCAGGAAAAACCACUCUUCGAGGACCAGGAAAACCUUGCCGUCGAUUACCAGGACAAGCCUCUUUCCAAUCACCAGCACCGCCGCCGCCGCCUCCUCCACCACCAGGUCGAAAAGCUCCACCAUCACCUCCUACAUUACCUACCGCUCCAGUACCACCACCACCGCCUCCGGGUGGUCCCCCUGCUCCACCAAAACCAAGUAAUAUGAAAACACAUGUAUCCGGAAAGCAAACACAAACCACUGUUAAAGAUGAAAAGAAACAUGAUGGAGAUUCUGAUAGCCCAAAAGUAAAGUUAAAGCCGUUUUUCUGGGACAAGGUGAAUGCUGUUCAGGGUCGUUCUAUGGUUUGGCACCAUCUUAAAGAUGGAUCUUUCCAGUUGAAUGAGGAAACGAUGGUGGGUCUAUUCGGAUAUGUGGCUGCUCAAAACAAGAAAGAACGUAAUGGGAAGAUGGAAUCGAACUUACAUCCGCAAGCCAAGUUGAUUCAGAUCAUCGACGUAAAAAAAUCUCAGAACUUAGCGAUUCUUUUAAGAGCAUUGAACGUGACCACUGAACAAGUCUGUGAAGCUGUCAAAAAAGGUACCCAACUUCCCGUUGAUCUUAUUUCAACUCUGUUGAAAAUGGCACCAAAUCAAGAAGAAGAACUAAAACUCCGGUUAUAUAACGGAGACAUUAACCAACUUGGCCUUUCCGAACGUUUUCUCAAAGACUUGGUUGAAAUCCCAUUUGCGUUUAAACGACUUGAAGCUUUGUUGUUCAUGGGUGCCCUUCACGAGGAUUACCAUAUGGCUAAAGAAUCAUUCGCGACGUUGGAGGUAGCUUGCGACAAACUUAUAAGCAGCAGACUCUUCCUCCGGCUACUAGAAGCGGUUUUGAAGACGGGAAAUCGAAUGAACGAUGGUACGUAUCGUGGUGGAGCCCAAGCGUUCAAGCUGGAUACGCUUUUGAAGCUUUCGGAUGUGAAAGGGACCGAUGGAAAAACGACGCUUUUGUCGUUUGUGGUUCAAGAAAUAAUCCGAUAUGAAGGAAUUAAAGUGGCUAGAACACGAGGUCUUGAUCUAACCCAACAAACACCAGAAUCUUUAAAAAAACUUGGUAUGGAGGUUGUGUCGAAGCUAAGUGAGGAGCUCAACGACGUGAAAAAAGCAGCACUCAUUGACGGUGAUAAUCUAACAACGACGGUUUCAAAAUUGGGGAACAUGAUGAAGAAAACGAAAGAGUUUAUGAGUGACGAGAUGACAACCGCCGAAGGAGCUACGGAGUUUAAUGACGCUCUCACGAGGUUUAUGGAGUAUGCAGAAGCCGAUAUCACAUGGAUGAUCGAAGAAGAGAAACGGAUAAUGGCGAUGGUGAAGAACACCGGGAAUUAUUUUCAUGGACAGUCGGGGAAAGACGAAGGGUUAAGGUUGUUUUCGAUCGUUCGUGGUUUCUUGCAGAUUUUGGAUACGACGUGUAACGAAGUAAGAAAAACAUUGGCGAUGCAGACGAGGAUGGAGGCACUGCGGUCGCCGGCAUCCGAUGAAAAUGGGAGAAAAAAUAAACGGUGGCAGAAGACUAGGAAUAGGAUUAUGUUCAUGAAAGAUGCUGUCAACAUGAUACUUGAAGCACUUUAUGAUGAUGAAGAGACGCCACGUGCUCCUCAUGAUCUACCGGCUUUGUCGGUGACUUGUGAGCCGGGACAAAUUCCAACACCGCCUGCUUUACCGAGUGUUCGUGAUAAAUUAGUUCGCCUGGCUUUGAAUAAUCAGAAAUUGGAUGAUUCUGAUUCAGAUUCAGGUGAUUGGAGUUCUGAUGACGACGAGGAAAUGUACCCUAAUCAAAACCUUACCAAAAGGUCUUCACGAAAAGUGGGUGAUUUAGAUGCCGAUGAUUGGAAUUUAGACGAUGAUGAUGAAACAAUGGAGUUGGGACCAUUUGAUUUUGAAGAAACAAAUCGACAGUCGUCAACAUCGGAUGUUGAGAAUGGAGUAGUCAUCCCGGUGAAACAUAUGGAUGAUUCCGAUGUAAAUGGUUGGCAUUCAGAUGAUGAAAGAAUUAUUCAGAGUCAAAACGAGACACAACAUUUGCCGGAAUUGCCUGUUGCUAAAGAGCCGGAAUCAUUUGAUGUUGGAAAAACAAACAUAAAGUCAUCGACAUCGGAUAUUAAGAAUGGAGAAACAAAUCGACAGUCGUCAACAUCAGAUGUUGAGAAUGGAGUAGUCAUCCCGGUGAAACCGAUGGAUGAUUCUUGGCAUUCAGAUGAUAACAUAAUACAACAGAGUCAAAAUGAGGUACGACAUACGUCGGAAUUACAUGUUGUUGAAGAGCUGAAAUCAUUUGAUUUUGAAGAAACAAACCGACAAUUGUUGACAUCGGAUAAUGAGAAUGGAAUACUCAUCCCGGUGAAACAUGAUUCUGAUGUAGAUGGUUGGCAUUCAGAUGAUGACGGAAUAGAGCAGAGUCAAAACGAGGCACGCCAUACUAAGGAAUUACCUAUUGCUGAAGAGACGGAACCAUUUGAUAUUGAAGUAACAAACCGACAGUUGUCAACAUCAUAUUUUGAGAAUGAAGUAUUGAUCCCGGUGAAGCGAAUGGAGGAUUCCAAUGUAGAUGGUUGGCAUUCAGAUAAUGACGGAAUAGCGCAAAGUCAAAACAAGGCACAACAUACGCCAGAAUUACCUGUUGUUGAAGAGUCGGAACCAUUUGAUAUUGAAGUAACAAAUCGGCAAUUGGCGACAUCGGAUUUUAAGAAUGAAGUAUUGAUCCCGGUGAUGCAAAUGGAGGAUUCUGAUGUAGAUGACUGGCAUUCAGAUGAUGGAAUUGAGAAUAUUCAAAAAGAGGCACGACAUACGCCAGAAUUACCUGUUGCUGAAGAGCCUGAACCUUUUGAUUUUGAAGAAACAACCCGACAAUCUUCCACAUCGGAUAUUGAGAAUGAGGUAUUGAUCCCGAUGAAGGUGAUGGAUGAUUCUGAUGUAGAUGAUUGGCAUUCAGAAGAUGGCGGAAUAGAUCAUAGUAAAAAAGAAAGCCUACAUUCGUCGGAAUUACCUAUUGUUGAAGGGUCAGAACCAUUUGAUUUUGAAGAAACAAACAGACGGUCAUCGACAUCAUAUUUUGAGAAUGAAGUACCAAUCCCAGUGAAGCGGAUGGAUGAUUCUGAUGUAGAAGAUUGGCAUUCAGAUGAUGACGGAAUAGAGCAGAAUCAAAACGAGGCACAACAUACACUAGAAUCACCUGAAGAGACAAGUCAAAGAUCAUCAGACUCUAAGGAUAGUGUAGUGGAUUUUUCAGAUGCAAAUGGAUGGAGUGCAAUCGAUAAGAUAUUGCCGACGAGGAUCGAAGAUGAACAAAGCCCAAUGGGUGAUUCAAGUAUAGAUGAUAACGAGAGCGUGUAUGCGACACCAUAAAGUUUUGAUCGAUGUAUUUAUUGUGAAAGUUAUUUGUUUGACCAUUAGACUUCUACUGAUCCUUUGACAUCCACGGGUCCUAUUCAUUAGACUAUAAAACAGUUCUAGCUUUCAUUGA